ACAGACUGACGCGUCCAGGGUGAAACAUCCCGGUAACAGUUCCUGUUUCUGUCGUUAUGGAUUUGGCGCGCAACGCCACCGCGCUUUCAUCGCCUCAGAACAGCAGAAUCCCCUUAUCCGGCGGAAGCGACAAUAACGCAUACCUGUACAUCGUCAUCGUGGUGUCCUUCUACGGAGUUUUCCUCAUCGGGAUCAUGCUCGGUUAUUUGCGCACCAAACGGCGCGAGAAAAGGCGCUCAAACGCGUUCACGAGGCUCCUGCACGAGGAGGAGCAGCGCGAGUGGGGCGCGCGCCAGAAAAAGCACAGUUUCAGCCUGCCUGCGUUUCCCGCGCUGCGCUCCACGCCGGUGCCUUUCAUGUUGAGCAGCGGGCGCGCGCCUCUGGCAUGCGCACUCUGCUCGGUGGAGCAAAGCAGCGUGAGCUCUCUCAGCUCCGGAGCGGAUGUGCGUUUCGCCAUAGAAGAAGAGUCAGACAGCGGCGGACAUGAGGAGACACCAAAAACCGGCUCGGGAUCGGAAAACAACAGCGCCGGGUCGUCAGUGGAAAACCGGCUCUGA